UUCAGAUUCCUCUUCGUUCUUGCAAACAUUAGCCUCUCUUGCACCUCUUCAAACACCUCUCUGUCUCUCUUCCUCUGCUUCUCUUCUCAACAAACAACAAAUGGAUCCAGUAAAUGUUUGGGGCAAUACUCCCCUGCAAACAGUAGACCCAGAAAUCCAUGACUUGAUCGAGAAGGAGAAGCGCCGACAAUGCACCGGGAUCGAGCUCAUCGCCUCCGAGAACUUCACCUCCUUCGCCGUCAUCGAGGCAUUAGGCAGUGCCCUCACCAACAAAUACUCCGAAGGAAUGCCCGGAAACCGCUAUUAUGGAGGCAAUGAGUACAUCGACGAGAUCGAAAACCUGUGUCGCUCCCGCGCCCUCCAAGCCUUCCAUUUAGAGCCAACCAAAUGGGGUGUCAAUGUGCAGCCUUACUCCGGUUCUCCGGCCAAUUUCGCCGCCUACACUGCGGUGCUUCAGCCCCAUGAUAGGAUUAUGGGUUUGGAUCUGCCAUCAGGUGGGCAUUUGACACAUGGGUAUUAUACUUCUGGUGGUAAAAAGAUAUCUGCUACCUCAAUUUAUUUCGAGAGUUUGCCUUAUAAGGUUAACUCACAAACUGGGUAUAUUGAUUAUGAGAAAUUGGAGGAGAAAGCUUUGGACUUCAGACCAAGAUUGAUUAUUUGUGGUGGCAGUGCUUACCCAAGGGACUGGGAUUAUGCCAAGUUCAGGUCUGUUGCUGACAAGUGCGGUGCCCUCUUGCUUUGUGAUAUGGCUCAUAUUAGUGGUCUAGUUGCUGCUCAGGAAGCUGCCAACCCCUUUGAAUUCUGUGAUAUUGUUACUACCACCACCCACAAAAGCUUGAGGGGCCCUAGGGCUGGUAUGAUCUUCUACAGAAAGGGACCUAAACCACCCAAGAAGGGCCAGCCAGAGGAUGCAGUUUACGACUUUGAAGACAAGAUCAACUUCUCAGUUUUCCCCUCGCUUCAGGGUGGACCUCACAAUCACCAGAUUGGUGCUCUGGCUGUUGCGUUGAAACAAUCCAUGACCCCUGGGUUCAAGGCUUAUGCCAAACAAGUCAAGGCUAAUGCAGUUGCCCUCGGAAAAUACUUGAUGGGCCAGGGAUACAAGCUGGUCACUGGAGGAACUGAGAACCACCUUGUCCUUUGGGAUCUUCGUCCUCUUGGAUUGACUGGCAACAAGGUUGAAAAGCUAUGUGAUCUUUGCAACAUCACUGUAAACAAGAAUGCUGUGUUUGGUGAUAGCAGUGCUUUGGCUCCUGGAGGAGUGAGAAUUGGUACCCCUGCCAUGACCUCCAGAGGUUUGGUUGAGAAGGAUUUUGAGAAGAUUGGAGAAUUCCUCCACCGUGCUGUGUCCCUCACUUUGAGCAUCCAGAAGGAACAUGGGAAGCUCUUGAAGGACUUCAACAAGGGUCUGGUGAAUAACAAGGACAUUGAGGCUCUCAAGGCUGACGUAGAGAAGUUUUCGAGCUCCUUCGACAUGCCUGGUUUCCUCAUGUCUGAAAUGAAAUACAAGGAUUAGGUGUAAACACUUCUUACUUAGCAUUUUCAUUGCUGAAAAUUUACUUCAGCAGCUCUACUGGAAAGAGAAAAGGGCUUCCAUCUUUUGCUGGUGUUUUUGAUUUUGGUCUUGUAGGAUAGCUAUCAAUUUUUCAUUACAUUUGAAGCUUAUGUUGGUCCUCUCAUGUUUUGUUAUUGGGGCAGGAUGUUUCCAUCCUCUCAAUAGCUUGAUUAUGUAUUACCUGUUUCAUAUACUGUGUUGAUUAUGCGCCUCAUUCCUCAACCAAUAAAGUAAUGAGUUACAGCCUUUUUUCUCGUC